GCUCCAGCAACGGAGCUUCGCCGGCACGCCCAAGCAGCUCUGCAGGAGCUUCCAGAGCACCUGCAGCCAGAAGCGUUGCAGCGCUUUGCGAGAAGCUCUAAUCUGAACAAUUCGGAGAGGGACAUCCUACGGUUGCUUCGGGACGUGAAAAUGAUGCUCCCCUUGAACGUGAGCUCAAUUCUUUGCCAGGCUCUCCAUGUGCACUAUAUUUCGCUGGCUACAUGGUUCCGCUACUUGCUCAAUGUGAAGAAUGGGGGCCUCCUGAUUGGUGGGUUUGACAUUCACGACCACUUUGCAGGUGUGUGUCUACGUGAAUUCUGGCGAUCUUUCGCAGUGGAUAGAGCUGGGCACGCAGUGUUCGACCUACAUGGGUCUCGGCUGCACCGGGUGGUCCCCUUUGCAGUUCACUUGGACGAAGGUCGAGGGUUGCGCAAGUCGGCUGUUCUAGUGGUACAUGCUCAAACAAUCUUUGGUGCAGAGACGGCGCCGAACUUCAUGGAGGAGUUCAACUUCAGCUGGCAGGAGGGCCUCAGUGAUGAAAAAAUCGGUGAAAUAAUGCGUCGCAACCAGUUUCACAAUGCUAGAGGUUCCACUUAUCGGACCCGCAUGCUCUACACAGUCCUGCCGAAGGCUUCGUACACCAAGCGAAACAAAAAUGUUUAUGGGGCUGUGCUUGAUCAGCUACGUCAAGAAUGCACUGACUUACUUGAGAACGGGGUGAGGCUUCGCGAUGGAAGGAGGUUUUAUUUUUGCUUGGUUGCUGUGAAAGGCGAUGCUCCAGCGCUUGCCAAAGCUGGCAACUUCACAAGGAACUUCCAAUGUCUUGGGAAUGCAAUCUGCUGGGAGUGUAUGGCGGGGGCGCCUGCUGUUCCCUUCGAGGAUUGUCGCCGUGCCCCGUUGUAUGAAGCAACAAUGUAUGCUGAAAGGCCCUGGUGCACUGCUGGUCCUUUGGCUGAGGUCCCUGGUGUGCCAGGGAUUCCAGAAGCUGUGUACAGGCGUGACCCGUUUCAUGUUUUCAAGCAGGCCCUUGGAGGCUACUAUGUGGCAAGCUCUAUCGUCCUUGUGGCCGAGCUGGGCUAUUGGGAAGCAACUCAGAACAGUUUUGAUCAGGUCAUGGAACGUUCGUAUGCUGACUUCCUCAACUAUGUCCGCGAAUGCUCAGGCAGAGUGGUUCCUCACUUGAAGCAUUUUACACGCACGAACCUGCACUAUGCCCGGACCUCUUCUUUUCCUUACAUGCGACCAAAGGGCAGCGAUGUUAUGCUGCUAACCAGGUGGUUGGGUUUUCUGAUGCACAACGGUCCCUACAUGGAAGGGGAGCGCAAGGGAAGCAUGAUUCAGAACCCCUUGGAGGAAUGGCAUUCGGAGCUGUUCCAACACAUAGCUGCUGCGGCGGCUGGUGCAGUAAAGUUCUUUCGCUUGAUGCACAACAAUGGCCUUUGGCUUUCCAGAGUUGUGGCACAUGACAUGGCUGAGGGCGCGUUUCAGUUUUGUGAAGCCUACACUUCGCUGGCCACACUGUGUCACAACCGCAGGCUUUCGAGAUACACCCUGGUGCCGUCCUUGCACUACUUUCACCACUUUUACGUCGACCUCAAGAAGGCCCUGUCCAAUCCUCAGAACCAGUACAUUUCAUCGCCGGCCCUAGCCAACUGUGAGGGCGAUGAAGAUUACAUAGGAAAGAUAUGCAAAAUUUCACGCCACGUGCAUCCGCUUGUAACGAACCGGCGCACGAUAGACCGUUUUUUAGUUCGAAUGAACUUCGUGAUGGAAGAAGGGGCUGCUUGA